ACCACCUCUAGUGAGGUCAGGCCAGUCAAUAUGGCGAAAAAAAAGGUGAUAUCAUAUCAGUGGCGUGACAAUCGGCGUGACCCGUUUGAAAGCGACCGUCUCAUUAUAAAACGGGCCGAAGCUGAAAAGUGUCGCCUUAAUCUCGGCGAUCGUGUAGACCUACGUUGUUCAAGACAAACUUCAGUAUGCACAAAUCAAGCGUCUGGCCCGAGGAUGUUACGCCCAGGAAUGGCGCCCUCACGGUACAGCUCCCUGACGAACACGGAGAAGUUGGCGACAGCAACGUCAUGUACAAACUCAUCCCUGUGACGGAGAAUGACUUAGACGUGGAGAAAAUCACGUACACUCGAGUUGGAUUCGCACAUUUCCGUGUCAUGGCAAUCUCGAUUGGAUUACUGGUGUUCAGUCUUAUAUCCAUUGCGUCUGGCGCCGUACUUUUCGUUUACGGGCCUUCGGCGAUAGUUGACUAUGCAACAGCUUUUAAUGGAGGGUUAUUCUUCCUGCUGACGGGCGCUGUUGGGAUUACCGCGAGUGCGAAACUUAAAGACUGUCCGAUCGCGGGCAUGAUGGUUUUGAGCGUCCUUGGCGCUUUGAGUGGUGCUGGUAUGAUCGCGUUGGGCGCAUAUGCGCUGACCUUUGAACUUUUAGGCAUACUGACUGCUGUGAAUGCCACCAUUUCUCUAGCUGCACACAGUAUUGAGAUUGUUAGUGGCUUGAUCGGGAUGAUCCUCUGUCUGGCGCUAUCUGGAAUGAGCUGUCGCGCAAUCUGCUGCGGGGAACGCCACUUUACCGUGACUGUUACCCCCGGCCGCAAGGAAGCUCCAAGGGUCCAGGUCUUACCAGUCCCGAUGGGUUACCCUAUGGCUUCUUACGUGCCAGGUUUGUCACGAUCCGUAGAGAUGUCGUACAGCAGUCGCCAUUCGCCGGAGCUGGUAAAGGGACCUAUAUCCAACCCAGUGGGUGAGUCCCUCCAGCACAAGACGUUGGAUGGAGUGUCUCUCCCUGGACAGAUUGUAAAGGACAACGCCCAACAGCAAGCUAACCUUAAGAGGUGGAAGUUGAAUAAAGGUUUGCUGAAAACUGUGAACGUUCUGUAUGGCAUGAACAAUGUUAAUCAGGCUUGAAUUACAUACUCCAGUUUCUCGCGGAUCUAUGACCGUUUCAGAACUUUCUAACCAAGCCGAACUGUUAUAAUCGGCACUCAAAAAACAUUUCUUCUCAAGUAUGUAUUUCGGCAGGAGAAAAUUCACUCUUUUUAUUUGGCCAGAAUAGCAAAUUGCGUGAACGUCCAGAAGGGAAUUCUCACACGUAUUUAUCUGUACAAUGAUUAACCUCUGGCAAGAAUGUCGUUCAUUGCGCAGCGGCUCCUUGCGAGGUUUAUGCAAAGUUGGGAGGUCAUAGUGUCAGGUGAACCUUUAGGCCAAUCCAUUUAUCUAAACCUAAUGUGUAGAUACUAUAGUUCAAUUGGAAUUGAGACCGCUGCAUUAUUUUCGGGAAUUAAGUACCCCCCAUGGCCAUCUCAUGAAGGGAGACGUCAUGUCCGCGGGGCAACUCAAUGCCGUUCAUCCUUUUUCAAUCCGAACUGAAAUUACUAAAUGGUAUCGGUGGAAGACCAUGUGCAUGUCCCCCACAGGGCCUUGGCUCGACCAUUAGAUUGGUGAAACUAUAGUACAUUACAUUUCAAGCAAAAGAUUGGGACAGAAACAUUCCAAUCGGAGUGUGCUAUGACGAUAGCCCGUAACUCUUGCAAGGCCAUUUAUAACCUGUUUGAGGGCCAAUUCAUGUAUAAGAAGUUGUACAAUAAUAGCUCCGAUAUAAUUAAAGCAUCUACAAUGUUGAAAAGAGCUGCUAGUACACAUCAGUGUACACUGAGAUUAUAAUUGUACCAGGCCUAUCAUUGUACCACCUUACCUUAUAGAGCCUACCGGUAGACAGCAUGUUAUUUUUUGCAGAAAACUAUUGACAACUGUUAGAUGAGGUCGUUAACAUUUCUUUUGUAUGAUAUGCCUAUACAAAAAUAAAGCAAAUCAUGAAAUUUAAA